UCAUAACGAGGCUGGAUUAGAACCCAAGUUCCUUGACUCCAGGCUCUAGGCCCAUGCCCCACCCUGGCCUGAGUUCAUUGUGAGAAAGAACCCAACCGCAGGGGCAAAAGCAUUGUCACACCGGGGACCUGGAGGGGAAGUGGUUACAGGCACAGAAGGCCAGACCUCCUCACACUCACUCAUCUGUGAAAAAGUACAAAAGCAAGAGAAAGCUGGCUGGGGGGUAGCAGUGCAACAGGUGCUCUGAGUGGCACCCAGGGUCGGGUCCUGGGAGAGGACAGAAAGCAACUGGGACCCCUCUACUCCCGGCAGCUCCCGGUGCCCAGCCACCCACGACUCAAAGCCUUCUAGACAAGCUCAGUGGAAUCUGAAGGGCCCAUCCCAUGGAGGGAUGCUGGGUGACAGAGGUAGCCAAUGGCUCCAUGGAUGGCUUGGACUCCAACCCUAUGAAGGAUUACAUGAUCCUGAGUGGUCCCCAGAAGAUAGCUGUUGCAGUGUUGUGCACUCUUCUGGGCCUGCUAAGUGCCCUGGAGAACGUGGCUGUGCUCUAUCUGAUCCUGUCCUCCCACCGGCUCCGCCGGAAGCCCUCAUACCUAUUCAUUGGCAGCUUGGCUGGAGCUGACUUCCUGGCCAGUGUGGUCUUUGUAUGCAGCUUUGUGAACUUCCAUGUUUUCCAUGGUAUGGAUUCCAAGGCUAUCUUCCUGCUGAAGAUUGGCAGCGUGACCAUGACCUUCACAGCCUCUGUGGGCAGCCUGCUGCUAACCGCUGUUGACCGCUACCUCUGCCUGUGCUACCCACCUUCCUACAAAGCUCUACUCACCCGUGGGAGGGCACUGGUGACCCUGGGCAUCAUGUGGGUCCUCUCAGCACUAGUCUCCUACCUGCCCCUCAUGGGAUGGACUUGCUGUCCUAGGCCCUGCUCUGAGCUUUUCCCACUGAUCCCCAAUGACUACCUGCUGGGCUGGCUCCUGUUCAUCGCCUUCCUCUUUUCUGGAAUCAUCUAUACCUACGGACAUGUUCUCUGGAAGGCCCAUCAGCAUGUAGCCAGCUUGGCUGGGCACCAGGACAGGCAGGUGCCAGGAAUGGCCCGAAUGAGGCUGGACGUGAGAUUGGCGAAGACCCUGGGGCUGGUGCUGGCUGUGCUCCUCAUCUGUUGGUUCCCAGUGCUGGCCCUCAUGGUCCACAGCCUGGCUGCUACACUCAGCGACCAGGUCAAGAAGGCCUUCGCCUUCUGCUCCAUGCUGUGCCUUGUCAACUCCAUGGUCAACCCUGUCAUCUAUGCUCUGCGGAGUGGGGAAAUCCGCUCCUCUGCCCAUCACUGCCUGGCACGCUGGAAGAAGUGCAUGAGGGACCUUGGGUCAGAGGCAAAAGAAGAAGCCGCAAGGUCCUCAGUCACAGAGACAGAGGCUGAUGGGAAAAUCACUCCGUGGCCAGAUUCCAGAGAUCUAGACCGCUCCCAUUGCUGAUGAGGCGUCUUCCCAAUUUAAACAAAUCAAGUCAGAAACCAGUUCACUCCCAGGAGGAGAGAGAGGGGUCUUGGCACUCUCAUCCUACUUGGACCAGCCUCAGGCACCUAGACACAGAUCCCUUUUUGCUGAUGAGUGUUGGGACUGACUCCUGGAAGGCAACCUGGCCAUGCCUACCUGUGCAGUCUGUUGGAUGGGUAGGGCCCACGAGGAGUAGCCAGGUGAGCGAGACGCAAAGGGCCUGGGACAGGCUCAGUAAGAGUCAGGUCAGGCUUCGUGCCUGCAUCCUCCAGAGAUCACAGGAGCCAGAGAGAGCCUCCAGGUCCAGCAAUGGGGGAUUUGGGAGAAAUCUGAGAAGAAUGGAUUGUCCUCUUGGGAAGUCAGGGUAUCAGAUGGGAUGGACAGCCAGGUCUUCUUCCUGCCUAAUUGUCAAGGCCUCCUUGGCUCCGGAGCUAUGAAAGGCCCCAUUUUCAGGUCACCCUUGCCACUAAGGACCAAGAAUUAUGCUGUGAUGAGGAUCAAGGGUGUUGACUUGCUUCUUUCAGAGAUAAACGACAAGCCUUCAGUUCA